GACUGGCGGAUGGCAAAAUUCAUUACGGUGUGAAAGUUGUACUGUUCGCUUGAGUUCGCUAAUGGACUCGCAAGUGACUGUUUGAUUACGUUCGACGAACGAAGAGAAAGAACGGUGAUAAGUCGCAUUCCCAAGAAUCUGUCUCAUUCCAUCAUCAUAAUUCGAUUUGAUUCGUCUGUUCGCCAUCGCACAGCAUCGUAUAACCUUUGCAAAAAUGUCUCAUGAUCAUCAUAUAAUGGACAGUACAGGAAACGUGUCUCACGGUAUGCACAUGGCUCAUCAUGGUAUAGACCAUAACAUAAACCAUGGUAGUAUGGAUGACGACAGUAUGAACCACGGAGGUAUGGAUCAUGGGAGCAUGCAUCACAGUAUCGAGACUUCGACGGACAGCAUGUGCAGCAGCAUGGGCAUGCACGGUAUGUCGAUGACGUUCCACAUCGGCUACUGUGAAGUGGUGUUAUUCGAAAAUUGGAAGAUCUCAUCGAUAGGUGGUCUCAUCGGUUCGAUGAUUGGUAUCGCUAUUAUGGCUGCGCUCUAUGAGGGCUUAAAAUAUUACCGGGAGUAUCUCUUCUGGAAGACGUACAACGCUUUACAAUACAGGAGCGUUACAGUACCCAGUGAAAAGAAUGUGGUAGCCGAGGACAACCGGGUCGUUCAUAUGGUUGGCGAAGUAAUCCACAAACAACCGCCGACUAUGAUGUCCUGGAUGCAUCUGUUUCAAACAUUUCUGCACAUUAUACAAAUCGUCCUGUCUUACUUUUUGAUGUUAAUCUUCAUGACUUAUAAUGUCUGGCUGUGCUGUGCCGUGGUAUUGGGGGCCGCCGUUGGUUACUUCCUGUUCGGUUGGAAGAAAUCAGUGAUCGUAGACGUUACGGAACAUUGUCAUUAACAUUUAGUAAAUUGCUCUAGUUUACUCCUUUUAAACUGUAUUUGCGCGAAAGUACGCGCACGACUGCAUUAUGACGGAAAUGCAAAAAAAAUAAGAGGAGGACGGAGAUUAAACAAUUACGUUGUCUUCUGCGAUAAACGACAUAUAGAGAAUCAAUGUUUUCUAAAUUCAUGACACAUAGUGAAUACAUAAAUGCAAUAAACAGGCGAGAACUAUUUAUUCUAUAUGUAUAGUUUCCAUAAUUUAACUUUUAGUAUCUCUUAUAAUUUCUUACUUUUAUUCUAAAAAAAAUAAGCUAAUUAUUCUUAAGUUAUCUUUGAUCAAAUAUUUUAAAU